CUUUUAGAUCCAUUGAUGUGUGGUAUCUUGUUCUCUUUGUCUUCUGAUCACCAUCCCCAUGAUCAAACAGUAUGGAAUACUUUAGAAGAUUUAAAUAGAAAACGAGGACCUGAUUCACAGCAAUUACGACAAAUUGACUGCCAAUCAUACACAUUACGUUUCUUUUCAUCAGUACUACAUUUACGAGGACCUGAUACUAUAUCGCAACCUCUUUAUAACUCGGUUACUGGAGAUAUUUUGUGCUGGAACGGUGAAGUGUUCAAUGGUCUUGACGUUCCCUUUGGCGUGAAUGAUACUCAAGUGGUGAUGGAAAACCUACAAAAAUGUGAUUUGGCUUCUAGUGAACAAGAUGCUCAAACCAUUGUCUUAUCAACCAUCUCAAAGAUCGAAGGUCCUUUUGCCUUUGUCUUUUGGCAUGCACGAUACAGUACGUUAUGGUUUUCUCGUGAUUGCCUUGGUCGCCGUUCAUUAUUAUGGAAUCGAUCUGCAAAUGGACCAUUUAUGUUGAGUUCCGUUGGACUGAAUAAUCAGGAUGGAUCAUCAUCAUGGGAAGAAGUGCCUGCGAAUGGGAUUUAUGUUCUGAAGCUCGAUAAUUUAAUGAAUGGUGCUCUGUUUGAUCCUGUUUUGAUCCCUUGGAAACAUGUCGAUGAACAACAGACUGCUGGUGAAAAUGAUUUAAUAUUACCUUUCCCAAGAUUAAACAACCAGUUACCAACUGAAGAACAAUUAGCAAUGUCCAACACAAAUAAUGAUGAUGAAAUGCCGCUUGUCUUCGAUGAUAUGGAAAAUGCUAUUCAAGGAUUCACAAAUAUACUUGGUGAAGCUGUGAAACGAAGGGUAGCUGAUGUCCCUUAUUUGCAGUCGUCAAAAUCAUCUCCUAGAAUAGCAAUUCUCUUCUCUGGAGGAUUGGAUUGUAUUUGUUUGGCUGCCUUGGCUCACCAACACUUACCUAUCACUGAAUCGAUCGAUUUGUUGAAUGUUGCGUUUGAAAAUCCAAGAUCCGAAAUGGCUAGACAGCAACAACAACAACAACAACAGCAAUCACUGAAAAAAACAAAUAAGAAGAAACCAUUGGUUAUAGCAGAUGAUGUCAAAGAAUCUACAAGAUCUAUGUAUGAUACCCCAGACCGCCUCACUGGGAAGGCAGGUGUGAAGGAAUUAAGAUUGAUGGCACCUGAUCGUACCUGGAAUUUUGUUGAAAUCAACGUUCCGUUUGAAGAAGCUAUGGCGCACAAACAAAGAAUUAUAGACUUAAUGUAUCCUUUGGAUACGGUGAUGGAUCUGAGUAUUGCUAUGGCUCUGUGGUUCGCAUCUCGGGGCGAAGGAUAUAUUGAUGGUGAGAAAUAUACUAGUGAUUCUAGAGUCUUAAUAUCUGGAUUGGGUGCUGAUGAACAACUUGGAGGUUAUUCUCGACAUCGUGAUGCAUACAAACGUGGUAGCUGGGAAGAAUUGAUCAAAGAGACGCAAAUUGAUGUGGAUAGAAUAUCAACCCGAAAUCUUGGACGCGAUGAUAGAAUCAUGUCUGAUCAUGGUAAAGAAGUGCGAUUCCCUUUCCUUGAUACUGAUGUGGUCCGAUUGUUAUGCAAGUUACCCAUACAUCUCAAGAUGGAUAUGCGAUACGAACGUGGUAUUGGCGAGAAAUUACUAUUGCGACAUAUUGCUCGACGACUGAAACUUCCUCUUGCUAGUCGAAAUUGGAAAAGAGCUAUUCAAUUUGGGGCAAAGACAGCCAAGAUGACAGGGGAAUCCAGAUCACAAAGAGGACAACAUAAACUAGAAUAGCAUAGAUGUAGUAUAGAUACAGAAGAGUCCAAAUGUACAUAGUUGACUUGUAUUAUCUCAAUAAAAUAAAAUAAAGAUGAUUGUAUGGGAAA